CGCAGGGACUCCAGUUGAGGUCGGUCUGCAUCAGCCGAGCGCACACACCAGCAACCAUGUCUAAGGGACCUGCAGUUGGCAUUGAUCUUGUCACCACCUACUCUUGUGUGUGUGUAUUCCAGCAUGGAAAUGUGGAAAUAAUUGCCAACGAUCAGGGAAACCAAACCACCUCGAGUUAUGUUGCUUUUACUGAUACUGAGCGAUUGAUCGGUGAUGCUGCAAAGAAUCAAAUAGCAAUGAAUCCGACCAACACAGUCUUUGAUGCCAAGCGCUUGAUUGGACGUAGGUUUGACGAUGCUGUUGUCCAGUCUGACAUGAAGCAUUGGCCUUUCCUGGUGGUGAAUGAUGCUGGCAGGCCCAAGGUCCAAGUAGAAUGCAAGGGAGAGACAAAGAGCUUUUAUCCAGAAGAGGUGUCAUCCAUGGUUUUGACAAAGAUGAAGGAAAUCGCAGAAGCCUACCUUGGGAAGACUGUUACCAAUGCGGUUGUCACAGUACCUGCUUACUUCAGUGACUCUCAGCAUCAGGCCACCAAAGAUGCUGGAACUAUUGCUGGCAUACCUCCUGCACCUCGUGGUGUUCCUCAGAUUGAAGUCACAUUUGAUAUUGAUGCCAAUGGCAUCCUCAAUGUCUCUGCUGUGGAUAAGAGUACAGGAAAAGAGAACAAGAUUACCAUCACUAACGACAAGGGUCGUCUGAGCUAGGAAGACAUUGAGCCCAUGGUCCAGGAAGCUGAGAAGUACAAAGCUGAAGAUGAGAAGCAGUGGGACAACGUGUCUUCCAAGAAUUCACUUGAGUCCUAUGUAUUCAACAUAAAAGCCACUGUUGAAGAUGAAAAACUCCAAGGCAAGAUCAAUGAUGAGGACAAACAGAAGAUUCUUGACAAGAGCAAUGAAAUCAUCAACUGGCUUGAGAAGAACCAUACUGAAGAAAAGAAAGAAUUUGAACAUCAGCAGAAAGAGUUGGGAAAAGUCUGCAACCCCAUCAUUACCAAGCUGUACCAGAGUGCAGGAGGCAUGCCAGGAGGAAUGCCUGGGGGUUUCCCUGGUGGAAGAGCCCCUUCAUCUGGUGGUGCCUCCUCUGGGCCCACCAUUGAAGAGAUUAAUUUAGCCAGCUUUGAGCGUAGAUCUAGCAUUGUUCCACACAAAACAUUGAAGGACCCAAAUUUGUACCAAAUUCCAUGGCAGUUUUAAAAGUUGAGCUGCUGUAUAGUAAAUAACUGGGCCUUCUUGAUACUUGAAUACAGACUGUGCACAGGGAAAGGAAAUAUAAUGCACUUUAUAACUGUAUUGUAAAGUGGAA